AUGAAGAUCGAGUUUGCGCCGCUCCAAACCCCGCUGGCGCGGCGACUGCAGAUGGCGGUGAUGCUGCACUGGCUCUUUGCCUUCCUGGUGCUGGCACCGCUCUGUGUUGGACUCAUUAUAAUAUUAAUCAUAUACAAUUAUUGGUUCCUCUACGUGCCUAUUUUGACCUGGCUUUACAUUGACCGGAGAACACCAGAGCAAGGAGGCAGGAGGUCCAAUUGGAUCAGAAGCUGGACCAUGUGGAGGUACUUUAAGGACUAUUUUCCAAUUCAUCUUAUCAAAACUUGGGAUUUGGAUCCAAGUCACAACUACAUAUUCGGGUUUCACCCCCACGGUGUGCUCGUUGCUGGAGCCUUUGGAAACUUUUGCACAGAGUGCUCAGACUUCAAGGAGCUGUUUCCAGGCUUGACUGCAUACCUUCACGUGCUCCCAAUACUGCUGUGGUUCCCUUUGUACCGGGAAAGCCUGUUGACUGUGUUUCUACUUUCUUUGAGCAAACCCUUGUGUCUGGACUCCUUCCUGGCACUUCAUAUGCUGUUUGGAUAUUUGUUGUUGCCUGCACUGGGCUGUAGAGCUUAUUUGGUCCCAGUGUUUUCUUUUGGCGAAAAUGAUAUUUAUAAACAAGUUAGCAAUCCCGAAGGCUCAUGGCUUCGAGCUGUGCAGGACCGACUGCAGAAGAUCAUGGGAUUUGCGUUACCCCUCUUCCACGCCAGGGGAAUUUUUCAAUACAGCUUUGGCUUUGUGCCCUAUCGGAAACCUAUCUAUUCGGUUGUUGGCCGCCCAAUCCCUGUGCGUCAGACCCCACACCCCAGCCUGCAGCAGAUCACGGAGCUGCAUCAGACCUAUCUGGAGGCGCUGAGGGAAUUAUUUGAGGAGCAUAAAGGGAAGUAUGGGAUCCCAGAGCACACGAAGCUCGUUUUCAAGUAACCGAGACUCCCUGAAGGCUGUGGGAAGACAAGAGGACGUCCAGAGAGGAGAAUGAACAUUUGAAAUAUGUGUAUGUUUUCCUAUGACUCAGAAUCCCAUUUGUGUCUGAAAAGUGUUAUUGACGGUGACAGGUGUUGAUGAUUA